UGCGGCCCGGCUCUUCGGAGGGUACUGGGUCGGCGUCCCGCCCCGCGCUCCUGCGUAAACACCGUUCCCUCGGCAACGUCUGGAGCCCACGUCAAAGAAUCCGCGGGGUCCGGGGCGACGGCCACCCCUCCCGCCGAGCCCGACGCCCGGCAGAGGCUUCUCACCCCAGCCCGAGCCACCCCCGCUCGGGCUUGCGGCCGCCUCCCCCGGUGCGGGAUGAACACAGCCGCAGCCGCCGCGGGGCCCAAUGGAGGAGCCGCCGCCGCCGCCGGCCCGCCCGCCAGCGAGAAUGGCCUCGUUGGGCAGCCCACACCCCGGAGCCCCCUCCGCGGCCGCCGCACCUGGCGGGACUUCCUCCGCCGCGACGGCGGCGGCCGUGCUGUCCUUCGGCACCGUGGCGACCGCGGCGGCCGCGGCGCUGGGGAACCAGAGCGACGGGAGCGGGGGCGACAGCACUGGCGCCUCGGCUGGCGGCGGCCCGGGCGGGCCCCGGGCGGCGGGGGCGGCGGGGGCGGCGGGGAGGCCGCCGCAGGGACCCGAGGCGGCGCCGCUGCUGUCGCACGGGGCGGCGGUGGCGGCCCAGGCGCUCGUGCUCCUGCUCAUCUUCCUGCUGUCUAGCUUGGGCAACUGCGCGGUGAUGCGGGUGAUCGUGAAGCACCGGCAGCUCCGCACCGUCACCAACGCCUUCAUCCUGUCCCUGUCCCUGUCGGAUCUGCUCACGGCGCUGCUCUGCCUGCCCGCCGCCUUCCUGGACCUCUUCACGCCGCCGGGGGGCUCGGCCCCCGCCGCCGCCGCCGCCGCCGCCGCCGCCUCCCCGGCCGCGGGGCCCUGGCGCGGCUUCUGCGCCGCCAGCCGCUUCUUCAGCUCGUGCUUCGGCAUCGUGUCCACGCUCAGCGUGGCCCUCAUCUCGCUGGACCGCUACUGCGCCAUCGUGCGGCCGCCGCGGGAGAAGAUCGGCCGCCGCCGGGCCCUGCAGCUGCUGGCCGGCGCCUGGCUGGCGGCCCUGGGCUUCUCCUUGCCCUGGGAGCUGCUCCGCGCGCCCCGCGCGCCCCCGGCGGCACAGAGCUUCCACGGCUGCCUGUACCGGACGUCCCCGGACCCCGCGCAGCUGGGCGCGGCCUACAGCGUGGGGCUGGUGGUGGCCUGCUACCUGCUGCCCUUCCUGCUCAUGUGCUUCUGCCACUACCACAUCUGCAGGACGGUGCGCCUGUGCGACGUGCGCGUGCGGCCCCUGACCACGUACGCGCGCGUGCUGCGCUUCUUCAGCGAGGUGCGCACGGCCACCACCGUGCUGAUCAUGAUCGUCUUCGUCAUCGGCUGCUGGGGGCCCUACUGCUUCCUGGUGCUGCUGGCCGCGGCCCGGCAGGCCCAGGCCACGCAAGCCCCCUCGCUCCUCAACGUGGUGGCUGUCUGGUUGACCUGGGCCAAUGGGGCCAUCAACCCUGUCAUCUAUGCCAUGCGCAACCCCAACAUUUCGAUGCUCCUGGGACGCAACCGGGAAGAGGGCUACCGGACUAGGAACGUGGACGCCUUCCUGCCCAGCCAGGGCCCCCGGCUGCAGGCCAGAAGCCGCAGUCGCCUUCGAAACCGCUAUGCCAACCGGCUGGGAGCCUGCAGCAGGAUGUCUUCUUCCAGCCGGGCCAGCGGGAUGGGAGGGGAUGUGGCCAUGUGGGCCCGAAAAAAUCCAGUUGUGCUCUUCUGCAGGGAGGGACCCCCAGGGCCUGUGACAGCAGCGGUCAAACAACCUAAAUCCCAAGCGGGGGAUACCAGCCUCUAAGAAGGGCCAGGAUGCAUGGCUUGUGAAGGCAGAUUUUCACCUGCUCCGUUUAAUGAUGCAGGAUUCCGGGGAGAAUCGUGUAUUUCAUAAAGCCAGACGUUUAAAAAAAGAGACGGAGGGGGAGGCUUACCACUUGCCCCAAAACGACGUACAAGACAAUGUGCCCUUCUUCAAAAGUGACACAUGUAAAAUGCAAAAAUUAAAACAGUAUCGAACCACACAACCAAGCGUUGUGAACUGUAAGUGCCAAAAAUGACAAAAAUAGAAUUCGCAAUUACUGAUAAGCUCAUAUUACAGGAAUCACACUGUGAAACGAACAAACAAAAUCAUUGAAUGUAACCAGGAUUUGUUCAAAUACAUAGCGUUUCAGGAAAGAAUGGAGACCUUCAGAAUUACUUGAAGGCCCCUCCAAAUCACCAGCAUCCGACAAAACUGGAGAUUGUUAGAACUCGCACCUUUGACACAUGCUUUGGGUGCUCAGGUUAGAAACGAAAAAUUCUUAUCUUUACACACUUUGGUGCACUUCCUCCCACCCCAUGUCCCUGUAACAUUUGUGGGAAAUUUUAUAUUCAUAUCCCAUUUUAAACCAUUUUAGGAUUUUGAAAUUGUGUCUUACUACCAGAAAAUCAACCAUCUGAAGGGCAAGGAGAAGUAUGAACAUAAAGAAGUGUGGCUGUUUAAAAACAUAUUCCAAGAUUAUACUUUAAAAAUUAAUGCCCCUCAUUCUACCGCCAAAAUUAUCUGCCUUGGGAAGCUUUAAAGCUUUCCCCUUACCCUCACCUGCUACUUUUGUUUCUAAUCACUGGGGGGAAUGCUGUUCUCAGAGUAUUUUCAUAUUAUAUAUAUAAAAAACUUUCAUAGUAGAAAAUCUUGCCUUUUGAGGUAAAUUUGAAUUUUAAAUGCAGCCAAAAAUGUAAUUUGAAGUCAAGUUGAUUGAAUCAGGUGAGUAAUGCCACUUUUUUUUAUGUAUACAAAAAUGAGAGCCCUAUGAAGUAACAAGAUUGGCUUUCCUAUGUGGCUCACAACCCAAGAUGAUUACAAAGAAGAAUUCUAAAAAUAUUUUGAGAAGUGGCUGUAUUCUUGGAAUAAGGGUAGAGCUUUCGAGAGCAUUAUACUUUCCUACAUUUGGAAGUUUAUGAAAAAAAAUGAAUCCUUGCUUUUAUAAACAUGAUUUGUCUAAAAAAUGUGGUUGUUAUUAGACAGGGAGAAUAGACAUGGUAUUAUUACAUGUAAUAGGGUGUUAAUAAUUCGGGCAUAAAGUCAGAAAGAAACUUCAAUCAAGCCGGAGAUAUUUUCAGAAAUGUGCAAAACAAAGAUACUUUUUAAAAUUCAAAAGCACCAUUCACGAUUUGUGUGUGUGAAAUUUCUCUCAUUAAAUGCCACUAUUCACAGAAUCAUUUACUCAGAAUUUUAAAAGAUAUUUUUAUGUUUUCUCCCUCUUUCUUUCCUUUCCUCCACCUGCCCCUCUUGUCUUCAACAUUUCACAGCCUUACUGGAAUAAGUACUUUAAACUAGAUAUCGCAUCAUGGAACACUACAUCAAAAACUAAUGAUGUAAUGUAUGGUGAUUAACAUAACAUAAUAAAAAAAUAAACUGGAUAUGGCAUGACAUCAGCUAUCAUAUAAAGAUUUCAACGUGAAAUAGCCACCAUUUUUUCCUUGUAUUUAAAGAUGUUAAUGAGUAUUUGAACUUUUGUGUGAUAGG